CCCUACCCUCCUGCCGGGGCGCCGCUCACACAGACGGGAGGCGAGAGAGAGGGUGGAGCGGGAGAGCCAGCCGGAGCCGCGGCCGCAUGACUCCACUCCCACCGGGGCCAUUCCCUGCGCUCGGCAUUCGCCGGCUCCACUGAAGCGGACCGAAAGCGAACCGAGCCGAGCCGCUCGUCGCCUGGCUGCUGGCAGAGCUGGGCAGCAAAGCAAGGCGGCGGUGGCAGCGGCAGCAGCAACAGCAGCGUCGCCUUGCUUGCCUGCCUGCCUCCUCCUCCCCCUCCUCCCUCCCCACCGCUUUCAGCCCGCGUAGGCUCGCAGUCGCCGCCGCCGCUUUCCCUCCGCCAUCCGCAGAGCUCUGGGGAGGGGGGCUCGCUCUCGGUGCCGCCGAAACGCCCCCCCGGGCGAGACGCCGCCGGUGCAAGCAGGAGGAAGCCGCCGCGCCCAGACAAAGGGGAGCAACAGCGAGCUGGUCCCGGGGAUAAGCAGGGAGGUUACUCCUGGGAAGUUAAUAACUGAAGGAAGAUCUCAUUUUUUGUGAUGCAAGGGCCAAUAUCUUGAGACAGAAAAAAGACAGAAGACCAUUACUUUGGGACCAACUGGAAUAGUGUUGGGGCAUUUAAAACAAAUUUUACUUAUCUACUGUGGAACCUAAGCACUAACUAAUUACUUGGAGGAGAUACAUAUUAGGAGCGUUGUGUCUUGCUCCUAACUUUGUUUUUGCACUUUGAACUGUUAGCAAAAUGAGUGAAUUCUGGUUGUGUUUCAACUGCUGCAUUGCAGAACAGCCUCAGCCUAAAAGACGGCGACGGAUUGAUCGGAGUAUGAUUGGUGAGCCAACAAACUUUGUUCAUACGGCUCAUGUAGGUUCUGGAGAUCUCUUUAGUGGAAUGAAUUCGGUGAGUUCAAUUCAGAACCAAAUGCAGUCCAAAGGAGGCUAUGGAGGAGGCAUGUCUGCAAAUGUUCAAAUGCAACUCGUAGAUACAAAGGCAGGAUAACUGUGGGACCCAUUUCCAGUGAGUAUUACAAGAUCCUUGUGAAUUUCUGUACCUUCCUUCCUGUGUCCCUCUUUAUGCCUUGGUGACUGCUUCCUGUGCUCAUGACGAGAGAAGUUGAUGGCUCAUCAUCCACCCCUUGUGAUUACGCCAUUGAAACAUUCCUGUUCUGCUGUGAGGAUAACAUUUUAUCAGACUGGUCUUGUUGUGCCUUUUAAGUGGCAAGCUUACAUCUCAUUGCUACCAAACCAUCUGUGGACAUAGUAUUGGUUGGAUUGUUUUGUGGGGGAAUUCUCCCAUUUGUUCUCACCAUUUUAAGAGAAUAUUUUAAGCAGUCUGAAUUCUCAACAUAUAGUUUGGUAUUGGGUUGACUCUUUUUUUAUUACUUCCUCUGCAAAUUCCUUGUUUGUGGCAUUAUUUUGUUUUGUUAAUCUUUAUUUCCUUUCAAGUAAUUAGAACCAAGUUCCUAUUAAUAUGUUCAACCUGUAAUUGUUAAUAUAGAUCUUUUUUAUUUAAAGGUCUGGGACCUGCAAGCACAAUGAUCAUUUCACACAGUCAGAAGUCAGCAAACUAUAUGACCGCAUGCUAUGUGAAUUUGCUUGGUAUGGUGGCCUGUUGGGUGCCAAACACUUUAUUAUUUUUUUAAUGCUUGUUCUCGCAGAUGGAUUAUAUUAUUGCUUAUUAAAAUGUUUUGCAGCAGCACCCAACCAUGCCAAUCUCUUAGGGGUCGAGGGGGGGGGAGGACUUGUAACUUUUAGCUGCUUUGGAAAAUACAUCACCUUAGGUUUUUGAUCCAGCUGGUCUUGAAAUAAUAAAGAGAGUUUGCAUUCAUGAGGCAUUUUGUUGUAAAUGUUCAGUAUAUUUAUUUUGAAAGAGCUGACCUCAAGAUUGUAAGCCAGUGUAGUAACGUACAAACUAAAUGUUGUGGUGGCGCUUUUGUCUGGUUAAAAAGGCAUUGUUAUGUUGGCUGCUUUUCUUUUCUUUUUUUCCCAGAGCUUGGAAAUGUUGGCAUUAACAGUAAAAUGUUAGCAUUGACAUUAAAUCCAAAAUUAAUUUGUUGAUGUUAACUGUUGCAGGGAAAACUCUUAAAUUAAUUCAUCAGGUUAAUUAGUAGUGUGUUAGUAACAUGUUACUUUUAAGUUAUAAAAAGAAAAAUACCAAUCGAUUCCCAAAGGAAGUUAAUUAAAGUAAUAUGAAGUGCUAAUCAUUGCUCAACUCGUAAAAUUUGUUGUCAUUUUAAGGAAUAAAAUAAUCAUUUUAAAAAUCACUGGAUUAUUAAUUACAAAUUAGGGUUAACAGAUUAAAUUUAAUGAACUACUUCCAAGCUCUUUUUUUUUCUUUUUCUGAAAAAAAGCUUAAUUUUAGGCCUUUCAGGCAUUUCCAGUAGCAGCAUGUAAAACUGCCUGCAAUAUUAUAGCUGGGAUUUAGUUGACCUCUCUAAGUAGUUGGCCGUUUCCACAUACUAAAUAUUUAGGGGCCAUGUCAGUUGCUACGAGCAACAUACUAACCUGGCAGCAAUUGAUGCCAGUGAAAACAACAUACAGGGUGGCUUUUUGCUGUAUCGGUAAAGAAGCCGUUUGCUCAGGUUCCAAAGCAUGUUCCUCUUUCACAAAGUGUGAAAAUUGUUUUAAUAUUGCACUGUUUUUGAAAUAUUUCUGUAAGUAGUCCUUUUUUCUUCUUUUCUUUUCCUUUUUUAAUUUUUUUUUAUUUUUCAUCUUCCCCAUUCUCGUGUCACAAGAAACUGAAGUCUGUUGAUGAACACUAGCAAAAUAUUUUAUUAAACCAUAUUUAGGAUCCUCCUCAUGCAAAAUUCUUAACAUCUUAACUGGCAAGUGGAAUAACUGAGCCUAAUUGGAGAAGUUUUUAAACAUACACACAUACAGACACACACAAACACAGAGACAUUUUGUUACAGAAGUGCCAUUGAUUUCAACAGGAACCAUACAAGCAACCACAUGAAGACCUCACUGAAACUAAAGGGGAUCACAGAAGAGCAUUAUGCCUUUUAGCAUUUUCUCCAGUGCCAUUCAGAAUUUGUCAGUGGCAGAUACCAGAAUGGGGGAUAAAUGUAUGGAAACUUUUUU